AUGCAGCAGGCAGAAAUCGUGGAAAACAACACCGCUUGGCCUCAUAACCUAAAGUGUGAUGACAUCUCAUCAUCUGGACCCAUGGGAAGCGUCAUCAUUAAGCGACCCUGUUCCGCGGCUGCGCCGAGGAGGCGGGCGGAGCCAGAGCAGCGAAGGCACAGCACGGAUGAGGCGCAUGCGCGGUGCUGGACGGCGCUGGAACUGCGGGCCCGGCGCGGGCUCGCGGAGGGGUCGGGGGGCAGCCGUUGGCGGAGGCGAGGCNAGCAGCUGGCGGAGCGAUACGCGGACUUGGCCGCCAGCCACAGCGAGGCGGUGCGGGCCCGUGAGGAGCGGGAGCGCCAGAACGCGCGGCUGCGGGACGAGAACGCGCGGCUGCGGCUGGAGAACCGCCGGCUGCGCCGGGAGAACCGCAGCCUCUUCCGCCAGGCGCUGCUGGGGCCCGGGCCGGAGUCCGACGCGCCGCCCCGCCCGGGCUCCGCCCCCGAGCAGCAGCAGCAGCAGCUGGAGGAGGAAGCGGCGCUGGCGGCCCAGCUGCGGCGGCUGCAGGAGAGGCACCGCCGGGCCCUGCAGCAGCUGCGGCGCCGCCGCGCCCAGGACGGGUUAGAGGAGGACGGGGAGCUGGAUGAGCUGCUGCGGGAGUUGGACGGAGAGCAGCCACAACCGCCGCCGCCGGAGAAGAGCCUGGUGCCGCCCCUAUAGCCCGGGGAGGCUGGCGGGGCUCCGCAGUGGUUUGGGGACCCCUCCUUUGGUACCUGAGGCGGACCCAGCUGGCUGCAGCCGCCUCACAGCGGGGCUCCUCUGCCCCACAGGGGUUUUGGGUCCCAGAAGUAGGCACGAGAGCUUUCUACAGGAGAAGCCACAGCAUCUGGAGGAGGCCCACGCAGCAGGAGGGAAAGGGCCUCACAGCGCAGGUGCCUCGUGCCCUUGGAUGUUGAGGAGAAGUUCAUCCUAGAGGGAGAAAUGGAUUCUGGACUUUGCCACCUCCUGGCAUUGCCCUGUCUGCCUUCUCAGCUUUGAUUUUGGACCUGUGUGUGUCCUUAUCUUUGUGCAGGAGUGAACAAAUCUCAUAGAGGCCAUAAUAGCUCUGUACAUGAUCCAGCAAUGGCUCAUUUUUUAGCCUGCUAUUAGGUUUUAGUACCCAUGUAUAUCAGUUUAAAAAAUGAAAAGUUUGUGUGCCAGAUUUAUUUUGACAGCACUUUAAAUGAAAGCUGAUAAUCCUCGGAAUCCUUCUGAAUUGAUUCAAUAUCAUCUGCCUCUUCAUUCUCUGUAUAUCUUUGACCAUUGAUUUGUUCAUCCUUCUCUGUUGCAUAAUUGGUCUAGAUGUGGGAUGUCUAAUUCAUAAAAACACAAGUCAUACUAAAUAAAUCCUUGACAACCAAAAUGCUUCUACUAGAUGUGUAUAUUAUAUUCAACUGCACAUUACAAAUCAUGUUUGUUUUAUACUGUAAAUAGCUACUCUUCAAAGUUCUUAAAUUUUGGUACCAAAUCUUUUUCAAAAUUCUAAGAAACAAGCUACUUAAUUACUUAUCUUUCUGUUUUAAGUAAAAACUAUUUUUCACUUACAUAACGGAAACUAUUUUAAUUUUUAGUUUCUAUUUGCUAUCUAAAAUACCAACCUUGUAAACAUAUAAGAGUAACAUUAUUUGCAUUUGUAGUCUUAUUGCCUUUAGUAGGAUUAAUCAGAUGAGGAAAGUUAGGGUUGGAUGCCACUGUUUGUGGGAUGAAUCCCUAAAACUUAAUUACUAAACUAAAUUUUUCACUGGGAGAAAGUGGUACUUAUGUAACCUUUUUUUAAAAAAAAAACCAAAACCCACUCACGUAACUUCAAACUUUGUUUGGAGUUAGAUAUAUUUAUGGGAAAAGAGGAAUACUUGUACUAAACUUCACUAUCAUUGUUUUAUAUAAUUAAAGUUUAGAAUAGUCUGUGUAGCAUCCAGCAUACAAAUUUAAUUGUGAUAACAAAUACUGUACAUUUUAUAAACAAUAUCAAUACAUAAAAAGCUUUUUAAUUAAGUUUUAAGGGAAUAGACCUGUUUAAUGUGAUAGGUCUAAAGAGCACCUCUGCUCUGCAGUUCAUCUUGCUUAGUCUUUAAUGGGAAUUCUAGAAUGUCAGUUUCUGAAUGUCUUGUCUGCUCACUAGGUUGAAACUACCCUUACUAGCCAUUUUAAAUUGGCUAAUAAAAGUGAAGUAAGAUGGGUACAAAAAAUGAGUGACUUGUCCAAAUGUUUUAUAUUUAAAUAAAAGUUACUGUGUUCUGUGAA